UCCCUACCUCUGUGCCUCCCUCCCUCCUUCCUCCUUCUGUUCCCCGUUCUCGCCCUCCUCGUCCCCGCCGCCGCCGGGAGCCCGGAGAGGGCUCGCCCCGCCGGCCACAGCCAUGUCCAAGCCGCCGCCGCCGAAACCGGCCAAGCCAGGGCAGGUUAAAGUGUUCAGAGCCCUAUAUACAUUUGAACCCAGAACGCCAGAUGAACUGUACUUUGAAGAAGGAGAUAUCAUUUACAUCUCAGACAUGAGUGAUACAAACUGGUGGAAAGGAACUUGCAAAGGAAGAACUGGACUAAUUCCAAGCAACUAUGUGGCCGAACAAGCUGAAUCUAUUGAUAAUCCAUUGCAUGAAGCUGCCAAGCGAGGCAAUCUAAGCUGGUUGAGAGAAUGUUUGGAUAACCGAGUUGGGGUCAAUGGCUUAGACAAAGCUGGAAACACAGCUCUGUACUGGGCAUGCCAUGGAGGCCACAAAGAUAUAGUGGAUGUUCUGUUUACCCAAGCAAACCUAGAGUUAAACCAACAGAACAAAUUGGGAGACACAGCUUUGCAUGCUGCUGCAUGGAAAGGUUAUGCAGAUAUUGUAGAGAUGCUGCUGGCAAAGGGGGCAAGAACAGAUCUGAAGAACAAUGAGAAGAAACUGGCUUUAGACAUGGCAACCAACGCAGCUUGUGCUUCACUGCUUAAGAAGAAACAGAGUGCAGGUACAGUCCGAACAUUAAGUAAUGCAGAGGAAUACCUCGAUGAUGAAGACUCCGAUUAGCUUUUUCCAUUCAGCCUGAAGAGCUAUAACCUAUGCUGCCUAUUUCCAAAGCUUAUCUUUAAAACUGUAAAAUUAUCUUACUUAAAGUAUUGCAGUCUUACAAUAUAGCUUAUAAAUGAGAGGGUAAAAUAAUGCUUUCCAAGGGAACAAUCUUCAUGUGUAUCAGAAGAUGCCACGUUACAAGUCAGAGUUCCUUUGGGAUUAUCUGACAGGGGAUGUGUGGCUUAGCCUUUCCUUUCUUAUCUCUUGAAUGGGCAGAGGACAGUCUUCUGAACUCACAGUUUUCAUCUCAGGCCUUCCCAGCAAGUGCCUUGCAUCUCCGGAAUACAAUCCUCAAACUUGAAAGGUCCCUCUGGGACAGCAGGACACCAUUGCUAACAUUCCCCAAAGUACCCCUGGGUAUAGGUUCCAUUGUGCAGCAAGAUAAUACUGGCAGCGUCAGUACUGGCUGACAGGCGUGAAUGGAGAUGCUGCUAUAGAGUGACCAUCUGCCCACGUGGAGCCAGCACGACAACAUACGGUUUUGGAGGCUUGAGUCUAGGGUUGUUUUUUUUUUUUUUUUUUUUUUUUUUUAAAUUCCCUCUUCAUCUCACUCAGUGUAAGGGGUAGUAGGAUCUGGAUCUGUCCCUGGAUGUUUUUUCUUCUCUACUUCUGUGGGCCCAAUCCCUGAAAUAUAAACUCAGGUGAAAUAAUUGCUUAAGUCAGUUUUGCUUCAGAAAUACACUUAAUUUUGGACUUAGUGACUUGAUUAUUUUGCUUUUGAAAUGCAUUCUGUUGAAACUAUUCAUAGUGAAAGGAAGGCUGAAUAUUUUUCUGUUUAUCCUGCCUACAUUUUUUUACUGAUCUCUUGCUUUUAUUUUUUAAGUGUUCUUAUGUUUGUCCUAAAUUACCUCAAAGCUUAAAUGUUUUUGAAGGAAUGAGGGAAAAGAUGUAUAUUGAAUAUACCACAGGUAUCUUCAAAAGAGGUAUGUGAAUAAACGUUUUUAAAAUG